AUGGCGUCUGAGGACGAGUCGCAGGCUCUCGAUAAUCACCAUGACGAAAAGGAUUGGGAGGCGCAAAAGGAGAACUUCCGGAUCUGUUACAUUGACCACAACAUGACGAGAAAGGGCGCCGCACAGUACAUGAAAGAACACUUUAAUUUCGAUGCGACUCCGCGCCAAUGGGAGCGCAAAAUCAAGCAAUGGGGAUUUGCAAAGUAUUCGAGCCGAGACGAACGACUGCAGCAAAUUGCGGCUUCGGGCAAAUCCGUCUACGAUUUCAGUCGUCCCGGUCGAAGACCCCGGCCUCAUGGAGCCGAGCAUGGCAAUCUCCAUCCCCAUGAAGACCGAAACCUACGUCGCUUUGCUCGUCGGGAAGUCAGCCGGUCGAGAUCCCGGUCGAGAUCUGACUCCUUCAGCCGUCAACAACGGCCUCAUCUCAAGGACGAGUUUCAGGACGAGUCUUCCCUUGCCGUCACGGAUCCAACCUUCAACCUCAACAUUCCGAGCCCAGGACUGCUGCACCCACCGGGCCAUGGUGGUUUCAUUGUGGCCGCGACGCCAGCAGACGAAGGGCCAGAGUCAGGAGUUCCAUUAAAUUAUAUCCCCGCGCAAAAACCCCCCGGCCUGGGUGAGCCUGACGACCGCAGCCUUCUUCUGUCUGUCGAUCACAAGGAAUGGUCUCAGGCGGCCCUCGGGGACGUGUCAAAACAAUUCGAUAUGCCGGGCGAACAAGAACAGUUCCCCAGCUUCCCGGACGAUCUGACGCCGACGCACGCACCCACGGGCAGAGGGCCACACCGUCCUCCAAUACAAUAUUCACUCGAUGCGAACAACCCGUCCCUCGGAUUUACGAUGACCGACCAGUCGAUGCACGCACCGGCAGGGUUCCCCCAGUACGCCGUUUCCGGGGACGGCAUGGGGAUUGACCCCAGCAUGUUGAACGAAAAUAUGAUCGGUGAACAACAGAUGUUCGACAAUACCUCGCCAAUGCCACAAGGCCCAAAUGCGCUGAAUCAGCCCCAUUUUGACAAUCACCCGAUCUUUCGAUUUGAUUUGAUCGACAAUGAUUCAGCACCGGCUCUUCCACCACCUGAGGAACCGACUUUUCACGAUCUGGGCAACGUGCCCGAAACAGUUCCCGACCCGUUGAUCGGUAAUGAGGGCCCGUUACAGAAUGAUGUGGCGCCGUUAGUGGAGGAGUAUACCAGAGCCGUUCACGAUGCGGCGCUAUGGUGCUUGAGCAAUCAUCAUUAUGGCGAUGGACUGGGGGACAAACUCGCGGCAGAUCUCGACCCGCCUGGACAAGUCUUCAUGGCCAAAAUGGCGGUGGUCUUGGAUAACUUUACCAAAUCACAGCAAAGGGCUGUUCAGAGCAUGAAGGACACUUGCAGCAAACUUCGCCAGAAGAAUGCCAUGCUGGAAAAUAUUAUCAAUAACAGCAGUCGAAUUCCUCCCGACCCAACAUCAGAUCCGCCGCCUCAUCGAUCGUCGCUUCCGGUGCAACCCCCCGUCUACGAUGGCAUGUUCUCGUCGAACUUCUGA